UUUUUUUUUACUUUCUCUUCUCCUUUGAUUUGAGCCUUUAGGAUUUUCUUGCACAUAAUGAUCUGACACAUUCAGAGCAUAAUCUAAAUAUCUGGGUAACUUCUGGGAUCUGAGAUCAUCUGAAUUCUGAAUCCAAGUUUACUGAUCUUUCUUCCUCAAAUGGGUUCUUCUUCGGACAAGCUGUUCAACAGAGAGAGAACAAUACAUGAGAUUCUGGGAGGGAACAUUGUUGCAGAUGUGAUGCUGUGGAGGAAUAGGAAUGUGAGUGUUGGUAUAGUUACAGUGACAAUAGCUUCAUGGAUGGUGUUCGAGGCAUUUGCUUACACUAUCUUCACUCUUCUUUCAAGUGUUCUUCUUCUCUUGCUCUCUAUUCUCUUCUUCUGGUCCAAAUCUGCAUCCAUUCUCAACAGGCCAUCGCCACCAUUACCGGAGUUUCAAAUAAGUGAAGCGAUGGCAGAAGAAGCAUCGAUAUGGUUACGUAUCCAUGUGAACAAACUACUCCAAGUUUCGUAUGACAUUGCAAUGGGAAAAGACUCAGAGUUGUAUGUCAAAUUAGCAGUCUCUCUGUUUCUCAUCUCAUUGAUCGGAAGCCUCAUGGAUUUUCAGACACUUUGCCACACCAGCGUCUUGGUGGUUAUGACGGUUCCAGCUUUCUAUGAGAAAUAUGAAGAUCACAUUGAUGGAUCUAUUGUGUUUAUCUGCAACAAAGUUAAUGAGCUUUACCUAAGAUUUGCGACAUUGGGUUUUCCAGAAUAUAAGAAACUGAGCUGAGAUGCUGUCACCUCUUUUCUUCUUCAAGAGUUUGUUUCCUUCUUCUUUAAUUUUGUCUGAUUUCUCAAUUUUGUGGAAAGAAAAGGGAGAAAAUGUAAUAUUUUUGUUUUGAUAAAAUGUUGGUAAAAGGUACACAGCCAAAAAUAUGGCAAUCCACAGAAAUUUUAUUUCAA